CCCGCGGAGGAGGGAGCACCGAGCUGCCGGGCCCUACCCCGCGAGGAAACGCCUGCAGAAGUAUGAGCCGCUCCAGCCGCCGUCGUUUCCGCGUAACCCGUCACCACCGCCAGCUGGGCAGCGCCCGGGCCCCGCGCCCCCUGCAUGGUGUCCUCCCUGGACGCCGCCGCCUUCCUCCUCCUCCUGCUGCUGCUCCUGCUUCGGCUCACCAGGCAGACCGCCGCGGGCCGGCGCAGGCGGCUCACAGCCCCCGUCAGCCUCCUGGUCGUGGCUGGCUCUGGAGGGCACACAACAGAAAUGUUGAGGUUACUUAGCUCUCUGUCCCAGUCAUACUCACUCAGACACUAUGUUUUUGCUGAGUCAGAUAAGAUGAGUGAAGCUAAAAUACGCUCUUUUGAAGAAAAAAGAGCUGAAACUUUCACCAAUUCCUUGUUUACCCUUAAUCGUAUUCCCAGAAGUCGGGAGGUCCGGCAGUCUUGGAUCUCGUCAGUGGCAACAACUCUGUACUCCAUGUGUUAUUCCCUUCCUUUGACUGUUAAACUGAAGCCAGAUUUGAUAUUGUGCAAUGGACCAGGAACAUGUGUUCCUGUCUGUAUAUCUGCCCUGCUUCUUUGGAUACUGGGACUGAAGAAAGUCAUCAUUGUGUAUGUGGAGAGCAUCUGCCGAGUAGAAACCUUAUCCCUGACUGGAAAGAUUCUUUACUACUUUUCGGAUUACUUCAUUGUUCAGUGGCCUGCUCUGAAGGAAAAAUAUCCCAAAUCUAAAUAUCUCGGUCGAAUAGUAUGACAACAAAAGACAAGCUUUAUUUAUAAGUAAUUCAUAUUUCUGUAAGCAGAUCUUCCUUAAUAUUUAAGGAAAGAAAUGUGUUUUUAAAUAAGGAAUUUAUUUUUAGAAACUCUUGAUUUGAUUUGAAAUGUACUGGUUAUUGCAAGCCAAGUGUACAAUUAAGAAACUGAGCCAGUAAUAGAAAGUGGACUGGAAUAAAAUAGUAAAAGAAAUGCA